GUAAGCGAGGGACCUAAGAUAGCUUCAAGUUCGGUCCGUCUGGCAUUAAACUCCAGGCUGUAACCAGCUGUACUCCAUUCUCUGACUCUACUGUUUUUGUUUUUGCCCACUGAAUCCUUUGCCCUUCACACUCUCUCUCUCCGUUUUCAUUUGGUUUUAUUUAGGUUACCUGCAAUAACAGCGAAGCCUUUGAAGAUGAAGCCAGUUGUGUUUGGUACCCAUUGCGCAUCCCCAUGCUUUCCACUCUUCCAAUCACACUCUCUUUACAUUUAACCAUAACUCCUCACUCAGCUACUUGUCUUUGUUUUCUUUCUUCCACUGAAUUUUCACCUAACAAUGGAUCCUUGCCCUUUCGUGCGCCUCAGUGUAGGCAAUCUCGGUCUCAGAAUCCCUGUCGCUGCGAAACCGGCUCGCUCAGUGGUGCACCCUUCCUCCUCUCCAUGUUUCUGCAAGAUUAAAUUGAAAGGUUUUCCAGUUCAAACUGCGGUGGUUCCGUUUGUUCCAUCUGAAAAUUAUUUCCCCGAUAACCAAUUGCAAACCAUGGUCGCAAGUUUCCAUCUCAGCAAAACCGAUCUGGACAAGCUCGCAGUAAAAUCAAUCUUCUCGGCUAAAAUAUUUUUGAAAAUUUCUAUAUAUACGGGGCGGAGAGGCACGACCUGCGGCGUAAACUCUGGGAAGCUAUUGGGGAAGGUGUCUGUGCCGUUGGAUCUGGCGGGAACUGAAUCAAAAGCAUGUGUGUUCCACAAUGGGUGGAUUUCUGUUGGAAAAGAAGCAAAGGGCUCGUCUUCGCAGUUUCACUUGAACGUGAAGGCCGAACCUGAUCCUAGAUUUGUGUUUCAGUUCGAUGGGGAACCUGAAUGUAGUCCACAAGUGUUUCAGAUUCAAGGCAAUAUCAAGCAACCCGUUUUUACUUGCAAGUUCAGUUUUAGAAACACUGGUGAUCGCAAUCAGAGAUCCAGAUCAUUACAGUCCGAGGCAAGCAGUGCAAGAAGCUGGCUAAGCUCAUUUGGCAGUGAAAGAGAACGACCUGGAAAGGAACGAAAGGGAUGGUCAAUCACGGUCCACGACCUAUCCGGCUCUCCGGUAGCCGCUGCUUCCAUGGUAACCCCUUUCGUAGCCUCUCCCGGCUCUGACCGGGUGAGCCGCUCCAACCCUGGUUCCUGGCUUAUCCUCCGUCCCGGUGACGGAACCUGGAAACCCUGGGGACGCCUCGAAGCCUGGCGCGAGCGUGGCGCCUCUGACGGCCUUGGUUACCGUUUCGAGCUGAUUCCCGACUCAGCUGCAGCUGGCAUUGUAUUAUCGGAGUCAACUCUCAGUUCCAACAAAGGCGGGAAAUUUUGCAUUGAUUUAGGAGGUAAUUCUACAAACGGUCGCGCCACGCCGGCUAACUCGGCUUCGCCGGCGUGCAGUCCGCGGAAUAGCGGUGAUUUUGGAUACGGUUUAUGGCCGUAUUGCAUGUAUAGAGGAUUUGUGAUGUCGGCUAGAGUGGAAGGAGAGGGAAAGUGUAGUAAACCUAAUGUGGAGGUAAGUGUACAGCACGUGAACUGCACGGAGGACGCAGCUGCUUUCGUGGCUUUAGCCGCAGCCAUUGAUCUCAGCAUGGAUGCUUGCAGGCUUUUCUCUCAACGGCUGAGGAAAGAGCUAUGCCAACAGCAGGAUUUACUCGGAUAAUUCACUUUUUUUUCUACGUUGUCGUAUUGCUUUUUUCUUUUAUUUUUUUUUUUUUUUUUUUUUGGGGUGUGACUCUGUGAGAGACUUACUAUUGCUACUAACAAACAAUCAACAGACUGUACAGUGAAGGAAGAGAGAGGUAUUAGACAGGCACGCUUUGUUUUAACCCGUGUGGCUUGUAUUAAUUUUCCUUUUUGAAAAAAAGGUGUUUUUU